UCAAGGCAGAGGAGGAAUCUUCCCAAGUGGAGGCCAUUGCCUCCUGCAUAUUAAAAGCUAGUGGCUAAAAGCCCAUGCUCUCACACAGAUUACUCCUGGGGGCAUUCUGCACCAAAAAAAAAAAAAAAAAAAAAAUCUGCAAAUUUUGUCAAAAUAACAAUACAUAAUCACAACAGUUUCAAUUAUUUUUGUAAUUUAUUUCAAAAUACCUGUCAGCAAGUAUGUCUGUAACAAUACAGACACACACACAAAGUCCUCCAGGAGUAGAGAGUUAAAGAAACCCCUAUGACAACCCAGUUCCUGUUUCUCUGCCCCCUUUCCCCACCCCCAGAUCCCAGCUGGGGGCCAGACACCUGCACUCCCCCCUCAGCCCAGCCACAGAGCCUCCCUCCUCCUUGCCCAGCCACCUGCCCCCUCCUCCCCCAGAGAGUGAAACAGCCUGAUGCUUGGUCCCAGGCUUGCAGAGUUUCCUGCACCGCACUCUUUCCCUCAGGGCAUGUUGGGAAGUGCAGCUGCCAAGUACCCUCUAGCUCAGAGCUGGGCAAUCUACAGCCCACGUGUCACAUCUGGGCCGCGUGAAUGUCCUGCCUGGCCCCUGAGCUCCUAGCCGGGGAGGCUAGUCCCGGGCCCCUCCCCUGCUGUUCCCUCUUCCCUGCAGUGAUUUUGCCACGUGGGCAGCAGGGCUGCAAGCUCCUGCUGCUCUGAGCGGCAUGGUAAGGGGGCGGCAGUAGGGUAGGGGGUUCCAGGGGCCGUCAGGGGACAGGGAGCGGUUGGAUGGGGUAGAGGUUCUGGGGGUGGUCAGGGAACAGGGUGGGUUAGAUGGGGGUAGGGUCCCAGGGGGCCUGUCAGGGGGUGGGAGGCAGUCAGGGGACAGGGGGGUUAGACGGGUUGGGGAUUCUGAGGGGGGCAGUCAGAGAGCGGGAAGUGGGUGGGGGCAGAUAGCAGGUGGGGGCCAGGCUGUUUGGGGGGCACAGUCUUCCCUACCCGGCCCUCCAUAUAGUAUCACACCAUGAUGUGGCCCACGGGCCAAAAAGUUUGCCCACCCCUACUCUAGCUCCCUCCCACUCCUCCCAGCAGUGUCUUAUGUGCAAACUGGGCUCUGCUGGGUCCAGUGGCCCCUAGUGGUAGAGAGCACCACUGCCGCCCAUUUCUGUGGAGGAAAGUAAAUUCUGAACCCACAACAUUAAUUUCUGCAAAAUUCUGCAUUACACAGUGGCACAGAAUUCCCCCAGGAGUAACAGACGUAAUUUGUACAGUUGUGUGUGUGGAAAAAAAUUUAAAAACUAAACAGUAGACAGUGAAUCCCAGUGAAGAUAGAAUCUGGUGAUAUUCAAUACAAAACGACCUCUCACCCAUGCUUGUAGGUGUUCCUAUUGCUUCACACUGACUCAGACUUUCUAGACUUCAGAGUGAAGCUUGGGGUUAGUGUGUGUGUGCUGGCUGUGGUGUUUGUACUGACCAUCUCCCACUCUGUCAAAGAGGCUCCUGUUUACAGCCAAAAAGCUCCUGAUUUAUCUCCUGGAGAAGGGGCAGCUGGUCUAACUCUGAACCCCACAUGCCAGGCAGGCCAAUCACUCAAAUUUGGCCUGGCUGCCAUGACGAAGGAGCUCUACAGAGCAUUUGCUACACAGGAGGUAAACCAGCGAGGGGGGCGCAGAGGAGUUGGUCGCGGUAGGCUUGUGUGUGCAGAACUCAGCCCCACGGCUCAGGAGAGAUGUGGCAGCAGAUGCCUCCCCUGGGGAAGAGAGACCACCCUGCAGGGACCGCUCCGGAGUAGGAGCAGUGUCCUAGGCGUGGCUGGGGGGCGGGCCGAGGCACGUGGGCUCUGUCCCGCGGCGGUGCAGGAGCCGUGGCAUUCUUGACGAGGGACUGGACUCCGGGGAUGAGCCGAAGUGUCUCCAAACAACUUUCUCCUGCAGGCCGUCGUGGAGGACCAGUAACUUCUGCGGCAGCCCUGAGCCCUCUUCAUGCGGGGUUCAGACGGGACUCCGGGCCGGCCUGCGCGCCCUGCUCCCCUUCGGCAAGCCCCAGCCAGCCCGGCAGCUACAGCGGGGCUCCCAGCAGCGCUGAGGGGAGCUGCUGCUCUACAGAGCGGGGCUCUCAGCCGCGCUGGCCCCACAGACGAUCCGGACCCAUCCCUGCUCCGGACACUCCUCCGCUGCGAAACAGCUGUCUUCGGGGCCCGGCCUCCCGCCGUGGGCGGGAACCCCGGAGCAGCCCAGCACACGGGGCUUCCGCAGCCAAGGGCGGGGCGGGCUAAGCAGAAACCGGCCAGGGCGAGGCCUGAGCCACUUCCCCGCGCCCACCGCAGCUCCGGAGAAUCGAAAGCAGCGAGUGCUGCGCCAGCGCGCAUGCGCAAACACUCCUUCCUCUCUCCCCCCCUCCCCGCUCGGUCACCGCCUCUCCUGACUGAGCAUCUUUCCCUCUCCGGCCGCCCAGCUCAGGGGAGCGACUCCAGCCAAUAGAAAGAGAGAGUAGAGCGGCUACCCUUGUGGCGUCACCGCCUCGGCUCCGCCUCCUUCCUGCCGCCGGGCGAUCGAGUCCUACGACAGAGAACGUGAAGUGCUGACUCCGCCCCGCUCACUUCGAGAAUGCGUGGAGGCGCAGGCCCCGCCCUCCUCUGCGUGACCUCAUAGCCCCACCUCCUCCCGUCGCAGGUCGAAAUCUAAUGGGGGGGAGGUGGAGCGGUAGCUCCACCCCUCAGGGAGGCUCUUGGCAGCGAGGGGAGGCGGCGGCGGCGGCGGCACAGCCCGUUUGUGAUUGUCCCUGCUCGCGGCGGCGGCUCGUGCUCGGCAAGAUGGAACGUGCAGCGGCAGGCGCAGAGUUCAACAUCCUGCUCGCCACCGACUCCUACAAGGUUACACAUUAUAAGCAAUAUCCACCUAAUACAAGCAAAGUUUAUUCCUACUUUGAAUGUCGUGAAAAGAAGACUGAGAACUCCAGAUUAAAGAAGGUGAAAUAUGAGGAAACAGUUUUUUACGGGUUGCAGUACAUUCUAAAUAAGUACUUAAAAGGCAAAGUGAUAACCAAAGAGAAAAUCCAGGAAGCCAAAGAGGUGUAUAGGGAGCAUUUUCAAGAUGAUGUCUUCAAUGAAAAGGGAUGGAGCUAUAUUCUUGAGAAGUAUGAAGGGCAUCUUCCGAUAGAAGUAAAGGCUGUUCCUGAAGGCUCAGUCAUUCCCAGAGGAAAUGUACUAUUCACAGUAGAAAACACUGAUCCAGAGUGCUAUUGGCUCACCAACUGGAUUGAGACUAUUCUUGUUCAGUCAUGGUAUCCAAUCACAGUAGCCACAAAUUCCAGGGAGCAGAAGAAAAUUUUGGCAAAGUAUUUGCUAGAGACAUCUGGCAGCUUAGAAGGACUGGAGUACAAACUGCAUGACUUUGGCUACAGAGGAGUUUCCUCACAAGAGACAGCAGGAAUAGGAGCAUCUGCUCACUUGGUAAACUUUAAAGGAACUGACACAGUAGCAGGAAUUGCUUUAAUUAAAAAGUACUAUGGAACGAAAGACCCUGUUCCAGGAUAUUCUAUUCCAGCUGCUGAACACAGUACCAUAACCGCUUGGGGGAAAGACCAUGAGAAAGAUGCUUUUGAACACAUAGUGACACAAUUUUCUUCAGUGCCUGUAUCUGUGGUCAGUGACAGCUAUGACAUCUACAAUGCGUGUGAGAAAAUAUGGGGUGAGGACUUAAGGCAUUUAAUUGUAUCCAGAAGUCCAAAGGCACCACUGAUUAUUAGACCAGAUUCUGGAAAUCCUCUUGACACGGUGUUAAAGGUUUUGGAGAUCUUAGGAAAGAAGUUCCCUGUUGUAGAAAAUGCAAAAGGCUACAAGGUGUUGCCCCCUUAUAUCAGAGUUAUUCAGGGAGAUGGUGUGGAUAUCAACACGCUGCAAGAGAUUGUGGAGGGAAUGAAGAAGAAUAAAUGGAGUAUUGAAAAUGUUUCCUUUGGAUCUGGUGGCGCUUUGCUGCAGAAAUUAACUAGGGAUCUCUUGAAUUGUUCCUUCAAAUGCAGUUAUGUGGUGACCAAUGGCCUUGGGGUGAAUGUCUUUAAGGAUCCAGUAGCAGACCCUAACAAAAGGUCAAAGAAAGGUCGACUCUCUUUACAUAGGACACCCAAUGGAGAUUUUGUUACAUUAGAGGAAGGCAAGGGGGAUCUUGAAGAAUAUGGUCAUGAUCUCCUUCAUACGGUCUUCAAGAACGGAAAGGUAAUGAAGUCUUACUCGUUUGACGAAGUAAGGAAAAAUGCCAGCCUGAAGGACAGUGAACUAGAAGUGGCACCUCAUUAAGUUUAAUUCCAUGUCUCUCUGUGUAAUGAGUAUGUACUGCAUAGCUAACGAGUUUGUUGUACAGAUCUGUGUGUUUGUGUGUUAUGAUGCAUUAUAGCCAAAUUAUUUGUUGGUUUAUGGACAUACUGCCUUUUUUCUUUCCUUUUUGGCACCAGUCUUUAGAAAAGAGGAAAUUAGGAAAUGGUUCUUACAAUGUAAAAUCUGUUUAAUGCUGAAGUGUGCUUUUUAGGGCCCUUUGCCAGUAGUGAUUCAAUCUGGUAUUGAUCUUUUCACAAAUGAGACAGAGCAGAGAAACAUUUUUAUAUGGAACAGAAUAUCACAAAAUGGAUUUACAUGAAAUUAUCAUGAUUACUUUGUUUAUAUUUAACUUGUAUUUUUGUACAAACAAGAUUGUGUAAAAUAUAUUUAAAUUUUCAAUAAUUAAGUCUUUCCAACUUUUCAUGAUUUUUAUGAGCACAGACUUUCAAGAAAAUAUUUUGGAGGAAAAAUCAUUGCCUUUUGUCCAUUAAUCAGCAAAUAAAAAUGGCCUUAAAGUUUCUUGUGACAUUGUACCAUUUGAAGGUUAAAUCAGGACUUGUACGUACUUAAGACCCAUAGAAUUGCUGACCUCACUGUUCCUUGUAGUUAUCUGUAGUAGUCAUUCUACAUUAAAGAAAAUUACUGUUCUUGCUGGAAUCUUUAGGUACUAUAAACGUAUAGGCCUUGCUAGCAGUGUAUGGUAUGUAAAUGGAAUGCCAAAUUUGAAAGAAUUCUCUACUGCAACUUGUCUCUUGUCAAGUAUAGUCCACUUGGCAUAUGCACCUCAAUAUUUUAAGAGUAAAGUUUUUAAGAGAUAUCCUCUUCCACUACAGAAUAUACGUGUAAAAUACUGAUAAAUAUGGAAGCGGUGUAUUUUAAAGUAAUUAUACUUCUGGGUUUAUUUUUCAUAUAUUGUAAGUGACAUGACUUUAAAGUGAAAUACUGGACUGGGUAGUGCACUUUUUUUACUUUUUUGUAUUUUUUUCAUUAAUUUGCCUUUUAGCAGACUGGAUGUUAAAUUGUAUACAUAUGUUUAACUAUUUUUUGUUAAACAACUUUAAUAAAAUAUUACGCUAAACAAACUCCUUUUACAUGAAUCCCCCCCAGGGGGGACAUGAUACAGAGGGAUAAUUAUGAAAACAAAAGAUAUGAAAGGUACUUUUUAGUCCACUGCGCUUGAUUUUAUUCACACUCUGCAUAUGCUUGCUUGAACACCUGCUGGAGAACAAAACUGUCAAUGAUUUUUAGACAAACCAUAGAAAGUUUUCAGAUGUUUGACUCUACUGUAGAGUGGCUCUUAUGAGAAAAUGAAUCUCUCCUUUUUUAGAAAAGCAAUGGUUUCUGUAACGUUAUCCAUGCUAAAGAGCAACUAAGUCACUGGUCAUUGUACAGGUGUGGCAUUUGGUUCUGGCUCUAAUGUAUUAGCAAGCGAUGUUACAGGACAAAUGGUUUAGGAGAGAUCAAACAAUUUAGACCAAUUGAGAUAAUACAAAAUAUACUUUUAUUUGAAGGAAGGUUAAAAAGCCAUACUUUAUUGUUCUUACGGUCACACCAAAAAGGGCCACAUCAAAGAACUUGUCAUGUUUCUAGGAUGUUUCCGGGAUUUGAAGUUAAAACACUUAAGCCCAGUUGCAAUACUUUGUUUUAUUUGUUUAAAAAAAUGUUUUCACUCUUACUGUAUGUGAUUAUACACUUCGGUGAUGUAGAGUGUUAGUAAGAUGAUAAACACUGACCUUUUCACACCCUGGAUCUGCAUUCUAUUGCUGUUACCCAUAUUGUUCAUAUUUGGUCAGGAAAGAUUUUAACUCCAGAGAUAGGAUUAGUAACAGUUCAAUAGAAUAGAGACUUUCACUCCUCCAUAUGAUAUGUAUUAGAGAAUUUUAUGAUGUAUGGUUUAAAAAAAUAUAUAUAACUGCUUUCAUCCUGUACCAAUAAAGAUUUUGAUAACUAUUGACUACCCAUAACUGAUAUUUUUGUAAUUAAGAGCUGGGGAUAUGCUAUGAAAGCACUGUUUUCUUUUUGUCUACCAUGAAGUACACAAGUGACUGUUUGAUAUUAUAUCUAGAUUUCAGUUUAUUUCCUAAGCUGUGCAUGUCACUUUCUGAAAGUCGUGUCUUUCAUUUUAAAAUAAUGUUAGUACUUUAACCACCUGGUGCUAGUCAAUCCUCAACUCUUGCCACCACGCAUUUGACAGUUUGACAUGUCAGACACCAAAGGGUUGAUAGUGAUGUGAAAUAUAACCUACUACAGUGCUUGAACCUUACAAUAUCGUAAUUCUUCCAUACUGAAGCAAACAGCAUGUUUGGGUUUGCUUUAAAUAAUUAGAUUUGUAGCCAUUGAGAGAUUUUAAUUAUCCCCAUUUAAUUAUAGUACAGUGUUUGUAUUUAAAAAUCAGAGUUGGACGUUUUGUGUUAAUACUCUAAAUAAUUUAUUUAGUAUUUAGCAUAAGCAAUGGAUUUUAUAGGACUUCUUUUUUUCCUGAGAUGCAUGGCUAUGAAACUGAUGCUAAAUCUUUUUGUAACAAGAUCUAUCUUAGAAGAUCUGAGGAGAAAAUAGAAAAGUAUGUUUUAUUUGCCAAAAUUCAAAACGUAAAGUUUAAACUGUUUUUUCUAGUUUUACAUUCCUCCUUAACUCGUUUAGUGGAGAGUAAAUAUUCUUCACUUAAAUCUUGUGUUAAAUGUACUCAACAUCAAAUACAAAUAUGUAAUAAAAUGGAAAUAAAGUUUAGUUCUGGUAGUGAAA